GCUCUUUAAAAAGGAUGGUGACUUUUGUUCCUUACUCACUGUGAAAUUCUCUUCAUUAACCAUGGACAUGGACACUGGUUACCGUCAGCGUUUGCCCACUGGGAUGGCCAUAUUCACAUCAAUACCAGACAUGUUUUAUGUGCUAGAGAUUAUCUUUGGAGGGCUGGUCUGGACUCUGGUGGCAUCCACGUUGAUUGAGCCUCAUAAUCCUCAGGCAUGGGUCAUGACAGUUUCAGUUUUCUGUUUCUGCAUGACCCUCAUCUGGAUGUUCGUCUUCAUCUGUGGAACACAUCACAGCAGCCGUGGGUGGGCAGCAGCGGACGUGUUCUAUCACUUCGUGGCAACGGUCCUCUACCUCAGUGCUGCUGUCCCUUUGGCUAAAGUGACCAUCGACAUGGGAGACAUUGUUGCAAGAAAUACCACGCAGGAACAAUACUACAAAAUGAACAUCUCAUCUUCUGUUUUUGCCUACAUUGCCACACUACUCUAUUUCGUCCAUGCCAUUUUCUCAGCCAUUAGAUGGAAGACCUUCUAGAGAGUGUUGUCCUGGUAGGAACGUCUGUAGGAUGUCAUAACACUGAGAUGAAAAUUGUUUAGAUCUACAUUGUACAAAUUUUGUAUAAAAUCACUUCCUUUAUUCAGCAGCAUGCCUCGUGCUGUAUAUCCUACUGUACGUUUUAUGUGAAACACAUUAUAACCUUAUUUUUGUAAAAACAGACAAAUUAAUAUUUAAGUAAGUUUUUUUGAAAUAACAUUUUAGAUGAAUGCCAAAACAUUGUGUGUUAUCUAAAUUUGCCUCUUCAUGUGGAUAAAAUAAAAUAAAAAUCUAUUUGAAAUCCA